AACUGGUCCCUCACUUUGACAAAUUCCUGGAUGUGAGCGGGUCUGCUGAAUGAAUGGCUUCUUGCUCGUAAAGAUGAUACCCUGAAUGUUUUAGAAGUUGACACAUCUUUUUUCUCCCCGCUGGUAGACUAUCAGUUUGGAGGAACACAAUGGGACUGUGGUCAUUUUGUAGUUUUUCCCUUUUGGCUUUCGUAUUUUUGUAUCCCUUCCACCGCAAGUUUUUGGCUCAAGCGGAAAUAAGUUCUUCCAGAGCAAACGACAGAUUUCAUCGCGUGGAUGUAACGCUGCUGGAGGCACGUGUAACCCGAGAAUCAACGGUCAAAGUCGUAAAUAGCUCAAAAGUUUUAAGCGCUUUUAAAUCGGAAGCAGCCGGUGUUUUGAACCAGAACAAUGGCAAGCAAGUGGGGAAUGAAACACAGAGUGGACUUGGAAACGAGGCACUGUUCGGCAACAAAACGGCACCAAACUGUCGCAAUCGUCUCAAAAUGCCUGGUAAAAAGUGUGGUAACAUAUCCGAGGACAGCCAAAGGCGACCUACAGCGAAUAUAAUGUUAGAAAACACAUUUCCUGACACAAGAAAUAGGGUAAAAAGGAGUGCUGGUACAACAUACACCGAACAUGUGGAAAGGAGUAUAAGUGGAGAUGCUCAGUCAAGAGAGAGGUUUGUGGAGAGUGUCCAAGGUGUUUCCAACUCGAGACCCGAGUACCGGCGCUCUGGGGAGGAAGCCAGAGGGUCUAACCCGAGGCAGAGUGAGCCGCACCUAGACACUUCUACUUUUGCUCUAUCGGGAGACUCGGCGCACAACCAGGCGAUGGUGCACUGGUCCGGACACAACAGCAGCGUGAUCCUGAUCUUGACUAAGCUGUAUGACUUCAACCUGGGGGCUGUUACUGAGAGCUCACUCUGGAGAUCCUCUGAUUAUGGAAGCACCUACACCAAACUCAACGACAAAGUGGGCUCAAGGACAGUUUUAAGUUACCUGUACGUCUGCCCUACCAACAAACAGAAGAUAAUGAUGCUUAGCGACCCAGAGGUAGAGAGCGCUGUUCUCAUCAGUUCAGAUGAAGGGGCAAGCUUUGAGAAGCAUCCCAUUAACUUUAAUAUCCUGAGCCUGCUCUUCCACCCUGCACAGGAGAACUGGAUACUGGCUUACAGUCAUGACAACAAGCUGUACAGUUCAAUGGACUUUGGGAGAAAAUGGCAGCUUGUUCACGACAAUGUGAUGCCGGGACGAUUCUACUGGGCGGUAAUGGGGCUGGACAGAGAAUCAGAUGUGGUCCACAUCGAGACGCGCAUCGCGAAAGGCCGCGCCCAGUAUGUGAAGUGCAGAGCCCAACGAUGCACAGAAGGCAACAGACUGUACCUCUUUCCUGGACAUGUAGACACCAACUCACUGGUUGUGCAGGAUGAAUAUGUUUUCACACAGGUAACCAAGUCAGGACGAGCCAGCUACUUUGUCUCCUACAUGAGAGAAUCCUUCAAGCGGAUGAAAUUACCUAAAUAUUGUCUCCCAAAGGAUAUGCAUAUAAUCAGUACAGAUGAGAAGCAGGUAUUUGCUGCAGUCCAGGAGUGGAAUCAGAACAACACCUACAGCCUGUAUAUCUCAGACUCCCCCGGGGUCUACUUCACCCUUUCGUUAGAGAACCUGAGAACCAGCAGAGGACCCGCCGGUAAUCUACUGGUUGACUUUUAUAAGGUUGAGGGGAUAAAUGGCAUGUAUCUUGCCAACAAACUGUUGGACAAUCAUGUCAAGACUUUCAUCACAUACAACAAGGGACAAACAUGGGCCCUGCUGCCAGCUCCUGCCGCUGAUGUGGCUGGAAAUAACCUUCACUGCAUUCUGCCAUUUUGUUCGCUGCAUCUUCAUCUGGAGAUGUCGGAGAAUCCCUACACAUCUGGACCCAUCACCAGCAAAAAGUCUGUGCCAGGAAUCAUUGUGGCUACAGGGAAUAUCGGAAAAGAGCUGUCCUCCACUAACCUUGGGAUGUUUAUAACAUCUGAUGCAGGAAAUAGCUGGAGACAGAUUUUUGAUGAAGAGCACAACGUUUGGUUUCUUGACAAUGGAGGGGCUUUGCUGGCAGUCUUACAUGCAGCGAAGCCUAUUCGACACUUAUGGAUAAGUCUAGACGAAGGAAAAAAAUGGGACCGUCAUAGUUUCUCCUUGGCACAUCUGUAUGUGGACGGAGUGUUAAUGGAGCCAGAAUCUGACAAUCACAUUAUCACUUUCUUUGGACACUUCAGUCAUCGGUCGGAGUGGCAGCUGAUCAAGAUUGACUACAAGGGCCUCUUUAACAGGAGAUGCAUGGAUGGAGAUUAUCAAACAUGGAACCUGCAAAAUAAGGGAGAGCUGUGUGUGAUGGGUGAGAAGCAGACCUAUAUGAAGCGCAGGCCAGGCAACCGUUGCAUGCUUGCCCAGGACUAUUCAAGGAUCUCUUUCUCAGAGCCAUGCCCCUGCACAGCCUAUGAUUUUGAAUGUGAUUAUGGCUGGGAACGCCAGGCAGGUGGGAAGUGCUCCCCUGCUUUUUGGUUUAAUCCGAAUGGUGUGGCUAAAAGCUGCAGCACCAGCCAAAGCUUUCUUAACAGCACAGGGUAUCGAAAGGUUUUGUCCAAUAACUGUAAGGAGGAAGGGAGGAAUGUGUACUCGCCCAAAAGGCAGUUGUGUCGUCCCAGACCACCUCGAGGCCUCCGGCUGUCCACCAAUCAAGGGGAGCUCAGCGCCACUGUUGGAAGCAACGUUACUUUCAUGGUCUACCUUGACGAUGGAGACUCGCUGAGGACCAGCAUCCAGCUAGACUUUGGAGACGGCAUCAAGAUCACAUACUCUAACCUGAGCAGGACGGAUGAUGGCAUCAACCACAUCUACAGAACGACUGGGAUUUACCGAGUGACAGCUUCUGCUGAAAACAACCUGGGAUCUGACAGCAGCACACUGUUUUUACACAUCACCAGUCCAGUGGAGCGUGUAUAUCUCUCCGCUCCUAUUGUAGCCAUCAGGGGGAAGAAGGUUAAUCUGACCGUGGUGGUUUGGCCGAGUCACACCAGAACAUUGGCCUUCUUCUGGUGGUUUGACAACAGCUCCGAGCCCAUUAUAACCUUGGAGGGAAGCAUCUCAUACACAUUUCAGAGAGAAGGAAAGAACAAGGUCACGGUCCAAGUUGCUUCUGGGAGCACUAUAAUGCAGGAUUCAAAAGUUAUAACUGUUAAAGAGUUCUUCAGAUCACUGCUGUUGUCGUUCUCGCCAGCUCUUGAUGAGCACAACCCUGACAUCCCGGAGUGGAGGGAGGACAUAGGGCGGGUGGUGCGGACAGUUCUGUCACAGGUGUCUGGGGUUGCUGAAGAUCAGCUGCUGGUGUCUUUGUAUCCUGGACUUCCAUCUUCAGCAGAGCUCUUUAUUCUGCCUGAUGAGCAAACAUCAAGUGAGCACAAAAGAGGGAGUGAGGAGGCUCUAGAGAUGAUAUCGGAUACUUUUGUCACUGCCCUGAACCAAGGCCUGAUCCAGUUUGAGCUGAAAGCUGAUAUUCACAUUAUUGUGUACAUGACUCAGCAAACUUUGGCACCACUUGUGGAUUCAAACUCCAUCCAUAGUGGGUCAGCCAUGCUGAUGCUGCUCACCGUGGUGUUUGUUGGUAUAGCGGCAUUCUUCAUCUACAAGUUCAAAAGGAAAAUCCCUUGGAUCCAUGUUGAGACUGAGGACAGUCAUGAGAAGGAACCGGAGGUGAUCAGUACAGUGGGUCAGAACGACAACAUGUCCAAGGUCAAGCUCAGUGAGUUUCCCUCUCCGAAAGAACUCAUGGAAAAGGAGCUGGAGGCUAGGAGCAGAGGAGGAAUUGGAAGAAAUAUGGAGAGAAUUGUUACAAGGGAAUUCCCAAACUGUACUAAUGUGUAAGACUCUGUUACUGAGUUAAGUUGCUGUGUUACAAUUGUGCUGAAAUAGUUUGCUUUUUUGGAAUUUGUUUUGUUUUUUCGAAUUAAUUUCACGCCGAUAGCUGCGAUCAUUCAAAGUAAUGUUUUUAACCCACAUGGAUAGAGUAUCUACUGUAUAAUACCUAAUGAAGAUCAAUCCACUGAGCCAGACUCUAGGGCCUCUAGUUUGAGGGCAGUGAAUUGAUAAAAUUGGUUGAUACUGUUACCCAGCACAAAAUAUCCAAUUAGCAUCAAGAUUCCCUUGCUCUAGUAUUUUAUGAAUAUUCAGUUGCCAUUGUCUACUGUUGAUGAACGCUUUACUGCCUUUGACAUAUAAUUUUUCUUAACUAGGAUCAUGUCAGAAUAGGAAAAACAGACUGAGUUGUUGAAAUAAUAUACCUCAAAAGCUAUAAAAAAAAAAAAAAAAAGUUAAAUGAGAAAAGCACCAUUAAAUUAUUGGGUCAGUACAAGAGAAAUAAGGUAUACGCUUUACUGUAUAUGUGUAAAGGCUUGAUCAGGUUACAUUAAAUUCAGCAUUGAAUGACAGAGAAUGAUCAUGUCUACGAUAUAUACUAGGACAUUUAGGCCAGUAGGCUAUACAAUUCGUCAAGUGUAACCUUUUAAUUUUGUUUCUAUAAUUCAGUUUCUUUAUAUCUAGAAUAGAUGAUACAACCCAAACAACAAAAUGCUUGUCUCUUUAAGGCGGAACACAUCUUGCUUUGCCUCCAUACCAGAGAAAUAUAAUUAAUAGAUAAUUUAAGUCAUAAUUUUAUUACAUUAAAUAAACCACUUUGCGCCCUGGAUAAACAUUAACAUUUACCGCCCAAUAACUAGAGGUCUUUGAGUUGUAAGUAUACACUAAUGAAUAUUGAUAUAAAAAAGGAAAUCUGAUUGUUGAAUGCUUAUAAGACAGACAUAUGUAGUUGGUUUUGCUCUGUAAGAUAACAUGGUGCUUUCAAUGACUGUUUCUCAGAUGAUGGUACGCUACAAAAAUGUGAUGUAUGGACAUGAAAGCCUGGCCUUAGAGGUGGACAUACUGUAAACCUGUACAUAGAAGAAGAUGGAAUAUAAAUAUAUCCAGUAGCACCAUUCUACUUUAUUGUAAAGCCAACUCACUGAACAGUCAGUAGUAUGUGUCUUUGAUCUUCAGUCUCAAAAGCUGUAUGUCCUCUUUUUUAUUUGCUAUUUUAUAGUAGCAUGCCCUAAUUAUCUGUGAUAAAAGAUAUAAAUUUAGGGUGAGCGAGUACUGUAAAUAUAUAAUGGUUGGUUUUAAAGUUUACACAUUAAACAAAUUAUUAAACA